AUGAAAAUGGUUGAAAAGGCCUGCAGUUUUGUGGAAAGCUCCUUUCAUAUCAUUAAGGGAGCAGCCUGUAUGGCCUUUUCAAUUCCAACCGGACGGUCCACUAAAUCUCUGAAAAGAUCUGCAAAUGGCGGAGUGAUAACGCUGACUAAUCUGAAGAGUAUGCCGACGGAGAGCGACUAUAAUUUGUUUAAGCAGCUGGUAAAGGCUAAGGUGGCGGAGGACGCUAAGUUCAGAGUGUUAAAUGUGGAAAGAAAAGUAGCGGAAUCAGUGUACGGAGAUUCAAUAUACGACGAUUUCAAAGUCCCAGAAUCAGUAAAACGGUUGCGGUUGGUCAUCCUCAAGGAGUGGAACAUCAACGCGAACGUAAACCAGGUGUUAAACUCGACCGGGUUAAUCAGGGAGAUAACAAUAAAUAAGCUCAAAUAUAAGCCGGAGACGAACAUGCUGGAGAUCGGAUUCAACGUGACGCCCGGAGACCAGGAGAUUUUGUGCAGCGAGGAAGUGGUGAACUCUGAGGCCGAGUGCCCCUCGAAACAGAACACACUGCCCGCAACGGAACUGGAAUACAACUACGGAGCCUUUUCUGAGAUAUUCUUCGUGAAUUCAAGACCCGCGAACAAGGAAAAGGAAGAGAAGGUCGUGGACUACGAGAAGUUAACGGAACAAUUCGGAUGCUCCUUAAUAACCAAGGAAACAUUGGAAAGGGUUAAGAGAAUAGUGGGAGAAGUGCACCCGUUUUUAAGAAGAGGCCUCUUCUUCUGCCACAGAGACCUCGACCUGCUGCUGGACCACGUGGAAAGAGGAAAGAAGUUCUUCAUAUACACCGGAAGAGGGCCAUCGUCAGAAUCACUGCAUCUAGGACACCUAAUACCCUUCAUGUUCACGCGCUGGCUUCAAAAGGCCUUUAGAGUGCCAGUGGUCAUCAUGCUGAGUGACGACGAGAAGUUCGUAUUCAGAGAGGAGCUGGACCUGGAGGAAGUCGGGAAGCUGUCGCUGGAAAACGCGAAGGACAUCAUAGCAAUAGGCUUCGACCCCGAACUCACGUUCAUAUUCCGAAACACGGACUACAUAAGUUACCUCUACAAGGUGGGCCUGAAGUUGCAGAAGAAGACAACGUUUAACCAGCUGAGAGGGUGCUUUGGAUUCGACGCCUCGACGAACGUGGGAAUGCUGGCCUACCCACUGAUAGAGGGAGCGGCGUCAUUCAGCGAGUCCUUUCCGCACAUAUUCGGAGACGACAAGGAAGUGAUGUGUCUAGUACCACAGGGGAUAGACCAGGACCCUUUUUUUAGAUUAACACGAGGGCUGGCGCCAAAACUGGGAUUACACAAGCCAGCACUGAUACACUCUAAAUUUAUACCAUCGCUACUAGGAGUAAAUAGUAAAAUGUCGUCAUCAAUUGAAGGAUCGGCAGUAUUUGUGACAGAUACCCCUGAAAUGAUAAGGAAAAAGAUACAUAAAUACGCCUUUUCAGGUGGAAGAGCCACAGCAAAAGAACACAUGGAGCUUGGACCGGAUUUAGAAGUGGAUGUGUCAUAUCAAUACCUAAGAUUCUUAGUAGAUGACGAUGACGAGCUGGAAAAAAUGACUGAAAACUAUAAGUCGGGAAGAAUGUUGUCAGGGCAGCUGAAAGAUAAGCUAGUGGAAGUGUUGGUCCCGAUAGUUCAAAAUCAUCAGGAAUUGAGAAAAAAAGUAGAUGACGAGAUGUUGAAAAGAUUUAUGGAUCCAGAUAGAGAGUCGUUUCAGCGGUUACAAUUUCAAAAAAUAAAGUUGCAACUGUACCACUGGAAUGAAGAGAACCAUCUGGUUGAACUGAUGUUGAACCAGAGAGUCCACUUUGAGUUGAUUGUACGGGCUCCUGUUUCCAUCGAUAGGUGGAAUGAUUUAAGUAGCAGUUUGUGUCAUUCAUGCCAAAUUUAUGCAUAUAUUGUUGAGAGCUACAUUGUGAAAAACGCUUUUGGGAUAAACCCCCGUAGAUUAAUACUCUUAGUGGUCCCCUGCCACUCUCCAUUAACAUUUUUUUUAAAUGUUAAAAUAUUAUCCUCUAAGAAAAGCACAAAUACUUUGGUUUUAUGGUUAUAA